AUGUCCACCGGCUCGGUGAGCGACCCCGAGGAGAUGGAGCUGCGGGGGCUGCAGCGGGGGUACCCGGCCCCCGCCUCCAAGAGGCCGCCCCUCCGCGGCGCCGAGGGCAGCUACAUCUCGCCCAGUGACAACUCGUCGGCGGAGGAGGAGGACCCCGAAGGCGAGGAAGAGCGGUGCGCGCUGGGCGCGGCGGGCGGCGCGGAGGGCUGCAAGAGGAAGCGGCCGCGCGUGGCUGGGGGCGGCGGCGGCAAGAGGCCCCUCCCGCCCAAGGGCUCGGCGGCCGACUGCAAGCAGUCGCAGCGCAACGCCGCCAACGCCCGCGAGCGCGCGCGGAUGCGCGUACUGAGCAAAGCCUUCUCGAGGCUCAAGACCAGCCUGCCUUGGGUGCCCCCCGACACUAAGCUUUCCAAGCUGGACACGCUGCGGCUGGCAUCCAGUUACAUCGCGCACCUGCGGCAGCUGCUGCAGGAGGACCGCUACGAGAACGGCUAUGUGCACCCGGUGAACCUGACAUGGCCUUUUGUGGUCUCAGGACGGCCCGACUCUGACACCAAAGAAGUUUCCGCAGCCAACAGAUUAUGUGGGACCACCGCUUAGAUGGAACUCUCUUGCUGGGAUUAUUGUUUAAGUGCGUGUGUUUGGGGGCCACGGAGAGAAGGGAGUGUGAGAAUCCCCAGAGGAUGGGGGAAGUUCCAUCGGAUUCUCCUAAAUUCUCCUUCCCCGCCCCCACAACGCGAACUGUGUGAACACGACACGUGGCGGGUGUUGGGGGCAGAGAGCCCGAAGGGGUGACCGCGUGGCUGUCAUCACAGGACGCCGAGGUCUGAGGCUGCUGUGGAUCCGGGGGCGACGACAAUUUGCUUCUCCAAAAAGAGCUUCCUUCUGUCUCUGCAGCUCGAAACCAGAUCCAACCUCGGACUUUUAACAGUGUAGACUAACUCAGCGCCAAAAACGCCUAGGAGCUAGUGUCCGACUGAGCCAGAUCUCUGUAUAUGAUGGCGCGGCUCUGCACAGCACGGGCAUGUUAGGCAAUGGUCAGAACGUGCUCCGGAUGAUUAGCUUUAAAGACGGCAGUGUUCGCGCGUGACCAACAUCGGGGCAUGUCUUUGGGUUGCAAAGAGAGGAGAGUGGCAUCCCUGGGCCAGCUUUGUUCCCCCCAGGGCGGGGGCACGCACCCUCCGCCCUGGGAGAGGUGGAGGCACGCUUUCACAGGCCACCUGGCCCGGGUUUGCAGGGAGCGCUCGGGCGAUCCUGCCUCCAGGCCGAAGUCAAGCCCUUUUCUCCAACCCCCAACCCUCCCCGCACCCGAGGCUCCCGCCUCUUCCCAGGCCGGCUUCUGUCUACCCUCUUACUCAGCUCCCGGUGUAGACUUGAGCAUGGACCCCCUUACCCCCCGCCCCCACCCCCGGCACACCGCGCACCCCCACCCCCUCUGGGGUCUUCUUCGGGCCUCCCUCUCCUUCCUUCCACACCUCCUUGCAGCCCCUCCGGCUCGCGACCAUCCCCAGCUGCCCUCCCCCACCCAGGCUCUGGGGGCCUCGCUCUGCAGCGCAGCCUCCCCGCGCCCACGUCCCUGCUCGCGGGAGGAGUGCGCUGGGUGGUCCGCGGCGGCGGCUGGGUGCCUCGUGACCCCCCUCAGGGGAGAUGCGCCGCGGUCUCGAGGCUGCACUA